AUGCUUAGGAAGUCUGAUGGAACCACUAUAACCAAGCAAGAUGACAUUGAGCAGGAAAUUACUGAGUUCUAUGGUAACCUUAUGGGUGCUGAGAGCCCAAAGCUUGCCCAGAUUGAUAUUGAAUCCAUGAGGAAAAGCAAGCAGCUUAGCUGGGACCAGAGGGAGUUUCUUCAGAGAAAAGUCACCAUGCAGGAAAUUGACAAAGCGUUAAAGGGUAUAGGAGAUAAGAAAAGUCAAGGCAUUGAUGGUUAUGGGGCUAGAUUAUACAAAUCUAGUUGGCAUAUUAUCAAGGAUGAUGUGAGCCCUACAGCCAGUAGUAUUAAGGACUAUAGGCCAAUAGCUGCCUGCACAACCUUCUACAAGAUAAUAUCCAGAAUUCUAACUGAUAGACUGGGCCAGGUUAUGCAGUUUCUUAUUAACAAGUGUCAAGCAGCUUUUAGUUAUGGCCAGCAUAUCCACAACCACAUUUUGAUUGCUUAUGAACUUAUUAAAGGAUAUGGGAGAAAACAUGGAACUCCAAGGUGUAUGAUGCAAUUGGAUCUCCAAAAAUCUUAUGAUAUGGUUAAUUGGAAGCCUCUUCGGAAUAUCAUGGGAGAUUCUAAUUCUGUAGCUAUGCUACUCUCUACUGUCAAUGCUUUUUCUAUGUCUACAGGUCUGACCAUGAAUCCUCAAAAGUGCAAGUUGUUUUGUGGAGGAGUGGAUAUUACCACCAAAGAUGCCAUAAAGAUGAUCACUGGAUUUGAGGAAGGCUAUAAUGCUGCAGAGAGAGAAUAUUACAAGGAUCCAGGUGUUAUGGAACAAUAUGAUAGCAAAGCAGAAAUUCAGUAUGAAACAGGUCUAUGA